CCGGGGGAGCCAGGGCGGGAGGGAGGGCGGGAGGAGGGCGUUGUGCGCGCGUGCGGGGCCGACGGCGGGGCCGCGGCCGAGGCCCCGAGCGAGAAGAAUGACUCUGGAGUCCAUCAUGGCGUGCUGCCUGAGCGAGGAGGCCAAGGAGGCCCGGAGGAUCAACGACGAGAUCGAGCGGCAGCUGCGCCGGGACAAGCGGGACGCGCGCCGCGAGCUCAAGCUGCUGCUGCUCGGGACAGGAGAGAGUGGCAAGAGUACAUUUAUCAAGCAGAUGCGAAUCAUCCAUGGAUCGGGCUACUCAGAUGAGGACAAGCGAGGCUUCACCAAGUUGGUAUAUCAGAACAUCUUCACCGCUAUGCAGGCCAUGAUACGGGCCAUGGACACGCUCAAGAUCCCCUACAAGUAUGAGCACAAUAAGGCUCAUGCACAGUUAGUUCGAGAAGUUGAUGUGGAGAAGGUGUCUGCUUUUGAGACUCCAUAUGUAGAUGCAAUAAAGAGUUUAUGGAAUGAUCCAGGAAUCCAGGAGUGCUAUGAUAGAAGACGAGAAUAUCAGUUGUCUGACUCUACCAAAUACUAUCUGAAUGACUUGGACCGGGUUGCUGAUCCUACCUACCUGCCUACACAACAAGAUGUGCUUAGAGUUCGCGUCCCCACCACGGGCAUCAUUGAAUACCCCUUUGACUUACAAAGUGUCAUUUUCAGGAUGGUUGAUGUAGGGGGCCAGCGGUCCGAGAGGAGAAAAUGGAUUCACUGCUUUGAGAAUGUUACCUCCAUUAUGUUCCUAGUUGCACUCAGUGAAUAUGACCAAGUGCUCGUCGAGUCAGAUAAUGAGAAUCGGAUGGAGGAAAGCAAGGCACUCUUUAGAACAAUUAUCACAUAUCCCUGGUUCCAGAACUCCUCAGUCAUUCUGUUUUUAAACAAGAAAGAUCUUCUAGAGGAGAAAAUCAUGUAUUCCCACCUAGUUGACUACUUCCCAGAAUACGAUGGACCACAGAGAGAUGCACAGGCAGCUCGGGAAUUUAUUCUGAAGAUGUUCGUGGACCUGAAUCCAGAUAGUGACAAAAUUAUCUACUCCCACUUCACAUGCGCCACCGAUACCGAGAACAUCCGCUUUGUCUUUGCUGCUGUCAAGGACACCAUCCUACAGUUGAACCUGAAGGAGUACAAUUUAGUCUAACUGUGCCUCCUCUGUGCUGCCCACUCUGCCCUGCUGGGCCACUGAAGUUAUACAGAGAGACUGGAUUUCUGUGGAAAACAAUUUGCAUAAUACUAAUUUAUUGCCGUCCUGAACUACUCUGUAAGCGUAUCUGCAGAGUUUGUAGUAAAUAUUAUGAUUCUAUUUAAACUCUUCAGAGGAAAAACAGGAUGCUGAAGUACAGAUCCCAGCACAUUUCCUCUCUCUAGCUCGCUCACUCUUUCUCUCUUUCUUUCUCUCAAAGGGAAAUCCUUGUGACUCAAAUGUAUAUUAAAUUCUCAGUCAUGCACUCACAAGAUAAGA